AUGUAUGCAACCAGACCGGAAUUCAAAACCGCCCACUACUUUGAGGCUACUGGACCGGAAGAAGACCACUAUCUAUUUUUUAACAUCGGUGUGUUCAAGGAUUACACGCUCCAACUGUGUAACUAUGGAGAGUAUAUAAAGUGGAUGCAGGCACGGAACAACUAUGAAAUAAUUGAGGCUUAUCAUUUUCAUAAACAGCAGACUCAGCUUAUAUUACACGGCAGAGAAUCUCCGAACAAUGAUCUGCAAGUGGUGUUUAAGGAGAAUGUACACAGUCUGUAUUUGGAUGCCCUACUUAAGGUGUAUCCCGAUGCAAUCUUUGUUCAUACCUACCGCAAUCCAUGCACAUCCGUUGCUUCCUUGUGUUCUCUUCUUGAAAAGAUCAAACCGGUUUCUUCUGAGGAACAUGACGUUGACCUAAAGCAAAUUGGCAGAAAGGUUUUAAGGAAUUCAUAUUUCCACGGUGGAAUAGAGAUGAUGAAGUUUAGGAAGAACCACCCAGAACUGGAGCACAGAUUCAUCGAUAUUGCAUAUGACGACCUCGUUAUAUCACCCAUGGAUGUUGUGAAGAAAAUAUACGCUCACUUUGGCCUGGAACUGACCGACCAAGGGAAAGCCAACAUGGAGGGGUAUGUCAAAGAAAACCCACAAAACAAAUAUGGCCGCCAUGAGUAUGACCUGAAGCGUUUUCACCUGACAAAAGAGGAAGUUUUGGAGCACUUUAAAGAAUAUAUAGAGGAGUACAAAAUUCCUUGUUGA